GUCAUCAUGUUUGCAGCUCUCCUGGAGUUAGACUUGGGCUUGACUCUGUUCCUGGGCUUGAUUUUUCUGGUUCUGUUUGAGAUCUUCAGGGUUCAUUCCAACAAAGGUCGAUUUCCACUUGGUCCAACACCUCUGCCUUUUGUAGGAAACUUACCUCAGUUCUUGAAGAACCCAAUGGAUUUCAUAAGAUCUUUGUCUCAGUAUGGAGAAAUGACCACUAUGUAUCUUGGGAGAAAGCCAGCUAUAGUCCUCAAUACAUUCCAGGUGGCUAAGGAAGCCCUGGUUCAGGAAGCUUUUGCUGGAAGACAACAUCUGCCUAUUAUAGACUGGAUAACUAAGGGACACGGUAUAGUGAUGGUCACAUUUAACAAUUCCUGGAAGCAGCAGAGACGGUUUGCUCAUCACACACUCAGAAACACGCUUGGUCUGGGGAAGAAAUCAGUAGAGGAUUGUGUGUUAGAGGAAAGUCAAUAUCUGAUCGCAGAAAUACUCAAAGGUGAAGGCAAAUCAGUGAAUCCCAAUCAUCCCAUACAGAAUGCUGUUUCCAACAUUAUCUGCUCCAUCGUGUUUGGAGAUCGCUUAGAGUAUGAUAACAAACGCUUUGGAUACCUUCUGAAAAUCCUGAAUGAAAGCAUGAUGCUGACAGGAUCAGCAGCAGGACAGAUUUUCAACUUGGUCCCCUUCAUCAAGCAUUUCCCUGGUCCACACCAUAAAAUCAAGAACAACGCCAAUGAGUUAUUUGGUUUCAUGCGGGAUGAAGUUGAAGAACACAGAAAAACUCUGGAUCCAGACAGUCCACGAGACUUCAUUGAUGCCUAUCUGCUGGAGAUCGAGAAACAAAAGUCCAACAAAGACUCCACGUUUCAUGAAGAAAACCUGGUUAUUUCAGCAACUGACCUGUUUGUGGCUGGAUCCGACACCACAGCGACCACCAUCAGAUGGGGACUCAUCUUCUUGAUUCAAAACCCAGAUGUACAAGAGCGAUGUCAUGAGGAGAUUGUUCAGGUUCUGGGUUACGACCGCUUGCCCAGCAUGGAUGACCGUGACAGACUACCGUACACACUCGCCACUGUUCAUGAGAUUCAGCGAUGUGGAAACAUUGUACCUUUUGGGUUGUUUCAUGAAACAAUUCAGCCCACAAAACUAUGUGGAUACGACAUUCCUCAGGGAACUUUAAUCAUUGCAAACUUCACUGCAAUUUUCAGCAAUAAGGAGCACUGGAAGCAUCCUGACACAUUUAACCCUGAGAACUUCCUAGAUGAGAACAGACGCUUCAGCAAGCCAGAGUGUUUCAUUCCAUUUUCACUAGGGCCGAGGAUCUGUCUGGGUGAGAAGCUGGUGAGGAUGGAGCUCUUCUUGUUCAUCACAUCGCUCCUACAGAGGAUUCAUUUCUCCUUACCGCCUGAUGCAAAGCCCAUAGACAUGGAUGGCAUCGUUGGUAUACUGCGCUAUCCACAAACUUUUAGCAUCAUCUGCUGCAGUAGAGACACAAAACAGUGACCCGAAAACAUAUCACAGCAUCACAUAUAGAGGAAAAACAAUAACAGUACAGCCGUUGAGACAUAGAAGAGCAUCUGUAUCAUGUGUAAUUAUCUGUUCUCGUGUAUAGAAGGUGAUAAAAUUAGACUUUGAACUCUUUGUUUCACUUCAUACAUUGA